GCUGUGCAAACCCAGUAUGUGUCCUACAUGUCAGACUUCAUGUGAGCAACCUUGGAAUUAUCAGUAAAAGAAAAACAGACUUUGCAGCUCUGAGGUCUACUCCCUACUGAAGUAGAAGUCCAGAUGUUAAAGUCAAUACAGUCAGUCGUGCUAAGACUCAACGGCCAUUAUUGGUGAGCAUGGGAUGGUAUAAAUCCGAGACAUCUUCAUAAAUUAGCCCUUGUUUCCAGGCUUAAAACAAAGUGUUGUUUCUGAUCUUCUGUGUGACCCUCUCCUGAGGAUGCGGGCAGAAGAAAGAAGAAUGGUGGAUACCACUAGCAAGUCAGAUAUCCCAAAAAGCAGAUGCAAGAGAGCAGUGUGUGAUGGUCCCCUUUUGCCGUACAUUCCAGCAAAAGCAGUGGUGGCCUCCUAUGCAUGGAACCUUCUUAAACAGUGCAGUUUGCUUCUCAAGUACUUUCUUGGAAAUCAAAGGUGCAAAUUUUUCAGCCUGACUGAGACACCUGAAGACUACACAGUCAUAGUGGAUGAAGAAGGCUUUCUAGAGCUCCCUUCAUCAGAACACUUGAGUGUAGCAGACGCAACAUGGCUGGCUCUCAACGUGGUCUCGGGAGGAGGUGGCUUCUCCGGCUCUCAGCCCAUUGGUGUGACCAAAAUUGCCAAAUCAGUCAUAGCUCCACUAGCCAAUCAGAAUAUCUCAGUGUUUAUGCUCUCCACCUAUCAGACAGACUUUAUUCUGGUACGUGAACGGGACCUGGCCUUCGUCAUGCACACCCUGGCUUCUGAAUUCACCAUCCUCAGAGUUGUGAAUGGGGAGACCGUGGCAGCUGAUAACCUUGGGAUAACCAAUGGAUUUGUGAAACCAAAACUGGUUCAGAGGCCUGUCAUCCACCCUCUUUCCAGUCCGAGUAACAUGUUUUGUGUCACCAGCCUGGACCCUGAUACCCUUCCCUCUGUUGCUACACUCCUUAUGGAUGUCAUGUUUUACUCCAAUGGAGUAAAAGAUUUAGUGGCAGGCAAUGAAGAUUCUGAACACAUUCGUUUUUUCUCUUUUUCUCUCAUUGAGGGAUACAUUUCUUUGGUGAUGGAUGUACAGACGCAGAAAAGAUUUCCUAAUAAUCUGUUGUUUACAAGUGCAUCAGGAGAACUCUGGAAGAUGGUUCGCAUUGGAGGGCAACCUCUCGGCUUUGAUGAGUGUGGAAUUGUAGCCCAGAUCUCUGAGCCUUUGGCUGCUGCAGACAUCCCUGCCUACUACAUCAGUACUUUUAAGUUUGAUCACGCACUGGUACCAGAAGAAAACAUCAACGGUGUUAUCAAUGCACUCCAAGUCAGUCAACCUGAAAAAUAUUAGGAUUUUUUUUUUCAGAACGGGACCCAGGUGUAUUUUAAGACAAAGAAUUCUUCUCAGUAUUUCCUUGGAAUGGGGUGGGAGAUUUUUUUCCUUUUUUUUUUUUUACUCCAAAGAGAGCAUGGGAGAAAUAUUGUCAUGCCACGAAGAAGUGACGAAACAAAAGACUAUUGCACAGGCAAUUAACUCCCAGUAGCUUUUUACAAAACAGUAAUAAAAAAAUAUCUUCAAGGCAGGGAGGAGAUGAAGAAAGAACCUUUGGGAUUAAAGCACUGUGAAGGUUUUUUUGGCAUUCGGCUCUGAAGCAAAAUGUCCCUAUUAUGCCGUUUGUUUUUUUCCUUUGGUUGGUGUUGUUGGCCAACACUACAGUUGUCUCCACAGUGAACAUGCAAAGCUGGAAUUGCUGACGAUUCCAACCGACCAGAAAAAAGCAGCGUGCGCAUGUUCUUUGGAUCCUCUUGCUAGCCAGAUUGGGUAAUGUACCCAGAAAUGACUGGAACAGGAAGGCUUCACGAGGCAUUUCUCAACCUGGGCUUGUGAACGUGCUGGACUUUGAUUUUCAUAAUUCUUCAAGCAGCGUGGCUUUUCAGGAGUCAGCAACAAGCUCCCACAGAUACUCUCUGGCCUGUAGCACCCCUCACUGGUGCCCAUAAGACUCAAAACAGCCCUUUAAAAACAUUUCAAUUGCAAUGGCCAAUCUAGCAAGAUUUCAUAAGAUCUCCUUGAGAGUUCAGGUGACAAUGCCAAAAUCCAUCUCUUUGUGUGUGGGGGUCCCUGCUAUCAUGAGUGAUUAGCUCUAUCUCAUCAAAAGGUUGCUGAGCCUGAUUAAGCUUCAUUCCCAGCCCCAUCUCUCUCGGUGUGUCUCCGCUCUAGCAAAUCCCGAUCUGGAAUUGAUUUGCAAAGCUGACCUGAUUAGACGAGCAAGAAGCUGGAGCCCAUGUUUAGAUAUAACACUAAGAUUUUCCACUCUGAUAAGUUCAUGGUUGUGAUAGCCCAGGGGCUCAAACCAUGCCCCCCCUUCCCGCAAAGCCUUGGAUGCAGCACAUAUAGCUCUUCCAGACAUUGCCACUCACUAAAUAAAGAUUGUUAAUGUGACCGAUAGGGAAGUUGUUUAAUAUGUAGGGAGUAAUCAUGUGAAUGGAACAGAAUUAAGUUCAUUUAAAUUAAACUAAGCCAAGUAUACAGUAGUCUUUGUCCUGGCCCUGACUUGCCUUCAGUGAAAAAGGGUGGCUCCUGUCCUCCCAGAUGCUGGCAGCUGUGCUCUGCCCGCUGCUGCUUCCAAGGUAACCCAACCUGGCUGGGAAGUGCCAGGGUGCUGGUACUAAGGAGAAGCCAGAUUUCUCAGCAAUUCAAUCUUAGUCUUGUGCAAAGGUUGGCCAAUAUAUGAGCUUCAGGGGAAGAGAGACAAAGGCUGUAUGGAUCGAUAGCGGAGUAGCACACUUACGGAGAGGAAAAUGUUGAACUGGAUUGCUUCCUCUUGAAUAAACCAACCAUUUUAGACAAUA